AUGCUGGAUAGGGUCUCGGAUAAAGUGCAGUCUAUCUUUCAAGCGGCUGGACUCAAGGUUGCGACGCAAAAGUACGAGUAUACUUCUGCUGGUAUCACGCACCAAGGAGAGAACGCCUAUGCUAUUAUCCAUGCGCCGCGUGGUGAUGCCACAGAGGCCAUUGUUUUGGUUGCAGCAUGGCAGACGGCAGACGACGAGCUGAAUCUGAAUGGUGUCACUUUGGCCUUGACAUUGGCGAGAUACUUCAAGAGAUGGUCAUUGUGGUCAAAGGAUAUCAUUUUCCUCAUUACUCCCGACAGCAAGAGCGGCACGCAGGCCUGGAUCGAUGCCUACCAUGACAUGCACCCAGCAUCGGUGCAGCCUCUUCCCUUGAAAAGUGGAGCGUUACAGGGAGCUCUGGUAAUCGAAUACCCAUUCGAGCACCGAUUCAAGUCCCUUCAUAUCGUCUACGACGGUGUCAACGGCCAACUACCCAAUCUCGACGUGUUCAACACCGCCGUCGCCAUUGCAGGAGGUCAGAUGGGCAUCGGGGCUAAUUUGCAAGAGAUGUGGACCCACGACGACAGCUAUGAGCAUCGCCUACAGACCAUGUUCCGCGGUAUGACCAAGCAGGGCCUUGGGUAUGCCACUGGCGCACAUAGUAGCUUCAUGCCAUAUCAUAUUGAUGCUAUCACCUUACAGACCAAAGGUGAGGGCUGGGAAGACGAAAUGGCUCUGGGCCGCACGAUCGAGAGUCUCUGUCGCAGUCUGAACAACUUGCUUGAGCAUCUGCACCAGAGUUUCUUCUUCUACUUGCUCAUGGCUUCUCAGCGUUUUGUCAGUAUUGGAACUUACCUUCCAAGUGCCAUGCUCAUCGCUGGCAACUUCACUAUUAUGGCUAUUGCCUUGUGGAUGCGCACUGGCUACUACCCUGAGACCAAAUCCAAGAUCGAGACCAAGAAGUCUUCAGAUGAGAAGGUCAAGCCCACUGCCAUUGCAGAACGCAAACUGGCUCUUCCCCUGUCACUCGUCGUUGGUCUCCAUCUUCUUGGUCUUGCUCCCCUUUGGAUCUUCAACAAUAUCUUCCACCAGUACUUCAAAACAACAACCUACAUCUUCAUGAUAGUAGACAUCACCCUCCCAUUCCUCCUGUCCACCCUUCUCUCCACCUCCCUUGCCCUCAAAUCCCCAAUAAUCCCCCAACAAUAUCACCUCAUCAAAUCCUUCUCCCUCCUUCUCCUAGGCCUCUCCCUCUCAACCCUCGCAACCCUCAAUUUCUCCCUCUCCUUCAUGAUCGGCCUCAUCUGCGCCCCGCUCACCUUCGUGUCCCGCAUCCAGGGCUCAGGCCCUUUCCGCCGCGUUACCGCCGCGCUUGGCUUGGUGCUUCUUAACCUGCUUUCUCCACCGACGGUGUUAGUCGGUGUUUGUUGGUAUGCUGGUGUUGACGUUGAGACUGUUCUUACACAGGCGGCGUUUGGUUGGGAUGUCUGGGGGAUGUGGACUCAGGUCGUUAUUUGGUGUGUUUGGUGGCCUGCUUGGUUGAUUGGUUGUGUGCAUCUGGGGUCGUCGAUGUUUUGA